AAACCUUCCGUGCUGCAAUGAUGGAGGAUUACUUACGUCACCACCCUGAAGUACAGGCAGAACAAAUGGUGCUAGGUAAAAUUAAAGGUGUUAUUCAGCAAUUUGGUAAACGUCUUACUGAUUUUGGUCUUCCUGCUUUACAGGAAGCCUUGCUUGAUGAUUUGCCAAAUACUGAAGAAAUGAGGCAGGAGGCUCUAAAUAUCAGGCCUUUGUUAAAUGCUGAGCAACUUCAUGUAGCCGAUUCUAUUCUAAAUGCCGUCACCAAUAAUAACAUUAAUGUUGCCAAUAUUUUCUUCCUAGAUGGGCCAGGUGGCACAGGUAAAACUUUUACAUAUAAUUACAUUAUUAAGGAAGUUAUUGCGAGAAAUCUGUGUGUUGCUACUUGUGCCUGGACAGGUAUUGCUGCUACAUUAUUGCAGAAUGGUAAAGUUAUUCUUUUGGGAGGAGAUUUCCGUCAAGUACUGCCUGUUGUCAGAAGAGCUGGACCUGCACAAAUUGUAGAAGUUUGUUUAAAAAGCUCAGUACUUUGGCCCUUGACUCGAAUUUUUCACCUCCACACGAACAUGAGAGCUGGAGAUGGAGAGCAAGUCUUUGCUGAAUUUCUUUUAAACCUUGGUAGUGGUCAGGUGCCACAAAAACCAGAUGAUCCAAAUCAAGGUUGCAUUGAAAUUCCACAUGAAUGUGUGCUGCAACCUAAUGAAAAUAUUGUUACUUCUAUUUUUAGUGAAUUUGAUCAUUAAAGAUCCCUUAAAGAC